AGGUCUGCAAACCUUGGUGGAGAACUUGAAGGAAUCAAUGUUACCAUCAGUGGGGAGCUAGUGGGUCUUGGUGGAGAAUCUGGAGAAAAGGGAAGAGAGGUGCCGUCGGGUGAUGUUAGGCAUGCGCGUGAGAAGGUGGCGUUGUCUUGGGUGAUCUUGGCUAGCAGGGAGGCGGACUGGUUGAGGCAAGGGAGGACAAGAACAGGGAGGAGCUAUCCUUGGGUGCCUCGGUAG